AUGGAUGUCAACAUGACGUGCAUAUUAGAAUAUUCGAUGGACCCAGGAGUCAAGACCACCGCAAUGUUCGAAACGAGUCUAGACGCGAAGGCCUUGGCACCGGAUAGCUUCCGCAGCCUCGACCCGUAUUUCCGAGUCAAUGGGGUCAAACCCUUUCGAGGUCCGGAAACUGCGUGGAGUGUGUCCGCUGUCCACAAUUUUAAGGAGAUCCGAUGCAACGUGCUUGCGACUCAGACCGUGCCACGAAACUGGGGUACGAUCUUCGAAGUAGUGACUCUUGUGGAUGGAACCACGCGCAGCAAGGCGGGGAGAGCCUCCACUGGACGACUGGCUCGAAUGGAUCAUUGGAGGGCGUUGGAGAAGGAGAGAAGCUUUCCCAUGACUCCGGUUGAAUCCCAGUGGGCGAUCCCGUCGCAUCAUCAGGGUCGGCACGGGGUCGCAUCUGGUGCGUCGUCGCGUGCAGGCUGGGCGAAGGAUUGA